AAUCUCGACGACGACAUCGCCAACGACCACUCGAAACGCCUCGCGUCAGGAAAUACACCAACCCUCUUCCAGAACCCCGUCCCGCGAGUCCAGUGUCGGAUUUCUUGAUCUUUUCGCAAUCAUGGCGACUGAGUUGACCGUCCAGUCGGAACGCGCUUUCCAAAAGCAGCCGCACAUCUUCCUCAACUCCAAGCAAAAGUCCAAGAGCAAGAAGGUCGGGAAGGGAGGCCGGAGAUGGUAUAAGGACGUUGGUCUGGGUUUCCGUACCCCAAAGACUGCCAUUGAGGGAAGCUAUAUCGAUAAGAAGUGCCCUUUCACCGGUCAGGUUUCAAUUAGAGGCCGCAUUCUCACUGGUACCGUCGUCUCAACGAAGAUGCACCGAACUAUCAUCAUCCGUCGCGAAUACCUCCACUACAUCCCCAAGUACUCCCGAUAUGAAAAGAGACACAAGAACAUUGCCGCCCACGUUUCCCCAGCCUUCCGUGUUGAGGAAGGUGACCAAGUUACUGUUGGACAGUGCAGACCUCUGAGCAAAACUGUCCGAUUCAAUGUCCUCCGCGUCCUUCCCCGUACUGGUAAGGCCGUAAAGCAAUUCGGAAAGUUCUAAAUCUUCGCUGUUUUGGCGCUGUUAUGGGCGGGGUGAAGCUAUGGAGGCACGGGACUGGGUUGUACGAGGAGACAAAUGACAAACGAACCUGCCUUGAUGUAACGGGACCUUGUGUUAUCAAAAAUAAACGUUAAAAUGAUAGAAACGACAGGCACAAGGACAAAAGGAAGAUGGAAAAUGGAGUGCGCAAAAUCAAAGACGCAGCUCACGUCUUUUUAAUCCAUUUUUUGAGAGGGGUGGCUUGUGCAUAAUUCUCCCUAGUGCAUUUCUUUUUCGUUUUGAUUUCUCCCUUAUGGAGCAGGGUUAUAUUCCAAUAUUAAGGAGUUAGUUGUCAAAUCCCGAAAAGAACAGAAACAAAAAAAAAAAAA